UUUAGUCAGGUUUGCCCAAAUGGAGACCCAAACACCACUCCACUCCAUCAAAAUAAAAUAAAUAAUAAUUUCCUUUCUCUCUCUUCACUCUCCCUCUCUCUCUCUCUCUCUACUGGUACAACAAUGGAGUCGUCGUCAUCAUCAUCGUCUAGAACCAAAUCAAACAGACCAGCACUUCACUGCAGCUUUCAGAGAUCAACCUCUCCUUCAGGACGAUUCUGCUCUUCUUCAAUCUCUUCUUCCUCAUCGGCUUUCAAUUCCUCAAUCUCUGGUUUCUCUUCUCAACCUUCCUCGUUUUUCACCCGAUCCUCAUCGCCAACUCGGGUCAAUCUUCCCGGAUCCGCUUCAUCUACGCCGUCCGUGUGGUUCUCGAUCGACAACCGUUCGAUCUCCGUCAACCAGAAGCAGAGAAACAAGCCGUUUUCGAACCAGAAGAAGACGUGUAUGUGUUCUCCUACGACGCAUCCAGGCUCCUUCCGCUGUAGUUUACACAAGAACGUCAGUAAUCGUCAUCAGCAGUAUCGUAAUACGGUGUCGUAUCGUGCGAAUCGGUUGAACGCUCGGAGAUCGGCGAUGACGAACUCGCUGGUGAGGAUUGGGACUGUGGAAGGAGACUUGGUGAAGAGAGCUUUGUCGGCUUUGAUUCGGCCUUCGUCGCAUCAGCAGAGACGGCGAGCCGAUUUUCAGCCGAGGCCGAGUCGGCUCUCGAUAAUGUCCAGAGCCGCCGGUGAUUUAUGAAUUUUCUCAAAGCCGGCGUCGGCGAGAUGUGUCGGAGAUCUGUUUGAUGGAUCCGAUUUUUUUUUUGUUUUUUGUUUUUUUGUUUUUUUGUUUUUUUGGAGAUUGAAGAUCGUAAAUUAGCAUAGAAAAAUCGAACUUAUUUGUGAAUCUUUAGACUACAUUGAAAAUCGAGAAAAAAGAAAUUAAAAUUAAAAAUUCAACCAAUUCAAUUGAGAUUGAAAGCAUCGUAAUCACAGAUUUUGAAUUAUACAUAUUUUAUUUUAUUUUUAACUUAU